AUUGUUCACAAGCUUGGUGCAAAAACGGCACAACAAUUCUAUUUAUUUUAUUUUGCUCGUGUUUUUGUUUAUAUAAACGGCAAAAGCAACCUCAACCUGUCCUCAGUAAUUGUGUAAACAUUUUAAAAAUAUAAUACAUUUUAAAGUCUGCAAAGUGUUAUAUUUUGUAGUUAUUGUUGUGAAAGAAACCUGAAUUGUUUGUGCAAUAUGCACUUAAAUAGUGAGAAUUCAACAGUUGUUUGGAAGUAUUAGGCAGUGGAGACGUUCCCAGAGCGGGAGGUCCGAGGGUACAUGCGCUCCGCUCCUGGGACAAGACCCCACCCGCCGGAUGGAGCCGGCACGCACCGAGGGAGAUCCCGGGAAGACGGAGCCUUUCGAAGCCGUGUUCGUGACCGUCAAGGAAGAGCUGCCGGACGAGGACGACGCUGGGACGUGGGUGGCCUGCAGUGCUGCCAACGCGGCGGUGAAGGAGGAGCCGGCCACCCACGCAGGUCACGGAAACAGCAGUGCAUAUCGGCACUUGGAGGAGGAUGAGACACGGCAUGCCAAGGCCCUUGGGUCGGAUCGCGAGUCGACACCUCGUUCUGGCUGCUCGCUCAAGCCGGCUCGGUUACAGGCGUGGAGGUUGGGCUUGGAGAAGAAACACCAGGAAGAGAGAGUACCCGCGUCUCACGUGACGCUCGGAUCCCCGGCUGCAAACACCACCACGGAGAAGUGCUUCGCUUGUUCGCUGUGCUACGCCAAGUUUGCUCGGGAGGAUCACCUCAGCGUUCACACGAGAACGCACACCGAUGAGAAGCCCUUCUCAUGCUCGGUAUGUUCUGCCAAGUUCAACGUGGAGAGUUUCCUGAGCGACCACAUCAAAACUCACACCCGCAAAGAGCUGUUCUCGUGUUCGCUGUGUUCCGCUCAGUUCACCAAGCAGAUCGGUCUGGACGUUCACAUGAGAACUCACAACGAUGGAAAGGUUCUUUUAUCCGAUUUCAGAUCUGCACCCAUUCAAAAGUGUGAUCGUAAAAUGCGUGUGAAAACACCUGCUGUUCGGAAGACUUUCACAUGUCCGUUAUGCUGUGCCAAGUUCACCGAAAAUGUUGGUUUCAACAUCCAUGUGAGAACACACAGUAGUGAGAAGCUAUUCCCUUGUUUGAUAUGUUCAGCCAAGUUCAGCGUAAGGAGUUUCCUCAAUGAUCAUGUUAAAACUCACACCUGUGCGAAGUUGUUCUCAUGUUCCACAUGUUCAGCACAGUUCAAUGUGAAGAGUUACCUGAAUGAGCACAUCAAAACACACACUGGUGAGAAACUGUUUGCGUGUUCAGAAUGUUCUGCUAAGUUCACUACACUGAUUGGGCUUAAUGUCCACAUGAGAACCCACACUGGUUGAAACACGUCUCACGUGAGUCGCCGUGACUCGCGACUGCGCGGUGGUUUGGGGGGGGGGGGGGGGAGGUAGAGUCCUGGGGCCUACUUUAAUUUUGACUCUUUUAUGCUUGGAUUUACCCUGACAGGAAGAAAAUUACAGGUAAAUUAUUAAUAUAUUUCAUACCGAACCUUACAAGCUACGUGAUAUACUGUACGUGGAUGGCGUUUACAUUUACUAUGGCCAUAAUAAUUUUAAUUCUAGAUUUUUUUUAAACUUUGGGGUUGUCCACUGUUCACUCAAUUGGUGCAUUUUGUGGUAUUUAAGUUAGGAGAUUCCGUCAUCACGUUGCACCGGGAAAUUUGUACAAGACUAUUUAUUAUGUAUUUAAAGUAUAAUAAAAUUACUAUUUUAGUGAUAAUAUUUUGUUUAACCUUACUGAAACAUUGUUUUUUUUUUUAUGAUGGAAUUGUGUCUUUCAACUACUUUUAGUACAGUUUCGUAUUAUUUUCAUGAAUAGCAUCCUAGCAUGCAUAGCAUCUUGAGAUGGCCUGACAUGAUGGCUGUUACUUAGGUAGCACAAAGUAGAAAAGUUUAAUUUUGUUUUUGAAUUUUUGAAUGUACACCUAUUUUGCUUGAGGUAAAUUUUUCGGUUGUUGUAAAAAUAGUUGAUUUGUGCCAUGUAUGUCAUAGACAUCAUUAUGUGGCAUGAAGGUGUGUAUGUUAGACAAAAAUAGUAUUUAAAAAUCCUGAAAUUAUCUGUGUUGUGUGUCAUAAACACUUAAACUAUGAACAUUGAAAUUGCAGUUUAGUCUACUUAAUAUGUUUUCCUUGCGUAUUAACUUUUAUAAUACAAACUUACAACUAUGUACUGAAAAUACUUUCCUCCCCUUCUUUUUCCAAAUGCACAUUUGUUGAUGUUUUAAGAUUUCAUGGAAAACGAAGAAACGUAAAAUUUUAAUAAUUUAUUUUGAGUAAUAUUAUUAUUUAAAAUAGGAUGUAAACAAUGCUCCCCCAAAACUGUUUACACAUAAUUUGCAGAGCUUGACGAAUAAACAAUUUUACCUUUAGAAUGAAUUUUUAUAUUUUUAUGUAGUACACAUUACUUUUAAUCCUAAUUCUAUAUGCAACUUUUCAUGAAAUUUCUUUCACAGCAUAUUUAUUACUACUGACACGAUUUACACUGAUUGUUAUUAGGUAAAUUUGAAGUAAAUACUACCUUUUGUAGCCGAACCCACGGUGCGAAUUAUGGGAAAUUUUUAUAUAGUUUUUCGUUUCAUGGUAUAUAGACCUCAAAUACAAUUUGUGGACACGAUAACUGCCGCAAUUUUUUACCAAUCACUUCUAAACUGAUAAAUAAAUUCUGAAAGUGGAAAAUCUCGAUCAAGUUCGUUAAUAGGCAAUAUCUGACCAAAGUGGUAGAAUUGGGGAAGGUUUUUCGAAAACCGGAAAAAUCGCUAUAACUCCCAUAAUAUGAGAAAUAUAUUUGUUUGAACGUAUUAAAAUUUGUACAAGUAAUGCAAUGAAUUUUAGUCUUAGCAAUUUUUUAUUCGUCCAACCAUAACUGCAGGGGGUUGAUAAAAACAAGUGCUUGAGGACAAUAACAAAAUCAUAGCUCCCAAUGUAGGUACAACUUCGGAUCUAUGCGAUUUUUGGAUUAUUGUUAUGAUUUUUAUCCAAAAAGUUUGUCUAAAAUUCUAAAAUUAUUUUUUACGAGAUGAGCUAAUAUUGCAAGGGGUUAAAAAAAAAAAAAAGAGUUGGAGAACGAAAAAAAAAAAAACUUAGCAAGGGCACAACUUCGAAUCCGUACGAUUUUUGUAUUAAUUUAAUAAUUCUAUUCUUAAACUUAUGUGAAGAAAAUUUUUUGAUUACACAAAAAAUUGCUGCAAGGGACUGAAAAAAAGAGUGGUAUAAUUAAAAAUAAUACAGUUCCCUUCUUAGGCAUACC